AUGACUUUGUCCAUUUCAUUUGCUGGAAUAUUUAUUGGCAUUUCAAUCAGUGAUGAUGAACAGAACGUGAACAGAAAUGUGUUCAGGUCACGUUCAGUUAUACAAGCUCACAACAGUGAAUUCGACCUCAUUUCUGGUCGAAGCUUCGCGAACCAGGCUGAAGAAGCCAGGAUUGUAGUCGGUGUCUCUGCAGGUGCGAUUGGGAGGAACCACGAUCGAAGUCCAAGCCAUCGCCGCGACAGAAUGACACCGGAAUCUAGUGGAGCCCCGAUCGAACCCUGCCACAGUAUCGACGGAACCACAGUAGAACCCCAGCAGAACCGAACCACAAAGGAACAUCAAUGCAACCUCAAUAGAACCCCAUCAAACCAAAGCAGAGCCUCAAGAAUGGAACCAAUACAACCCCCAAUAGAACCCAAGCAGAGCCUCAGCCACAAAGAACCCCAAAGCAGAGCCUCGGCCUCAAUAGAACCCAAAGCAGAGCCUCGCCGUCAUAAGAACCCCAAAAACCCCAAAGCAGAGCCUCAGCCACACACAGAACCCCAAAGCAGAGCCUCGGCCUCAAAUAGAACCCCAAAGCAAGCCUCAGCCUCAAUAAACCUCCCAAAGCAGAGCCUCAGCCACAAAGAACCCCAAAGCAGAGCUCCUCGCUCAAUAGAACCCAAACAAGCCUCAGCCUCAAUAGAACCCCAAAGCAGAGCCUCAGCCUCAAUAGAAAACCCCAAGCAGAGCCUCAGCCUCAAUAGAACCCCCAAAGCAGAGCCUCGCUUUAUAAAACCCAAACAGAGCCUCAGCCUCCAUAACCCCAAAGCAGAGCUCGCCUCAUUGAACCCCAAAGCAAGAGCCUUAGCCACAACAGCAGAACCCCAAAGCAGAGCCUCAGCCACAAUAGAACCCCAAAGCAGAGCCUCAGCCACAAUAGAACCCCAAAGCAGAGCCUCAGCCACAAUAGAACCCCACAAAGCAAGAGCCCGGCCCUCAAAGAACCCCAAAACCCCAAAGCAGAGCCUCAAUGAACCCAAAAGAACCCCUAAACCAAAGCAGAGCCUCAGCCUCAAUAGAACCCCAAAGCAGAAGCCUCGGCCUCAUAUAGAGCCUCCCCAAGCAGAGCCUCAGCCUUUCAGCCUCAAUAGAACCCCAAAGCAGACCUCAAGCCUCAAUAGAACCCCAAAGCAGAGCCUCCGCCCCUCAAAUAGAACCCCAAAGCAGAGCCUCAGCCACAAUAGAACCCCAAAGCAGAGCCUCAGCCACAAUAGAACCCCAAAGCAGAGCUCUCAGAACCCAAAGCAAAGCCUCAGCCUCAAUAGAACCCCAAAGCAGAGCUCAGCCUCAAAUAGAACCCCAUAA